AUGACCUUAUCCCACACCAUAGCCGCCGACGGCUCCCACGUGUUCCACGCGCCGGCCACGGGCACCUACCUCACGCUCGGCGCCGGCGUCGAAGUUUCGGCGCAGCAGCCGCCCCAGGCCGUCUCAGGCGCCACUUCGGCCGUAUCGUGUAUUUUGGGCACCAUCAAGUUGAAAAUCAACAGGUAUCUUGUUGUCGCCGACAAGCACGAGGUGACCGGGUCGGUGAUGGGCCACAGUGUGGCACGUGUGGUGUCGCACAAGAUCUACCCGCUUGGAAACGACACGGUGUCCAAGAAGGACCACGAGGAAAGCCAGUAUCUUGCGUUGUUGCACGAGCACUUGGCGCGGGCCACGUUGUACUUUUCCGUGGACGGCCGCUUUGACGUGACCAAUUCGUUGCAGAGACAGUUUGCCAGCCCUCCGGCGGCGCGUGACGCCCGUUUCUGGUGGAACCGCUACUUGUGUGAGGAGUUGGUUGCUGCGGGCGCCGACAGUUUCGUGACGCCGGUGAUUUACGGCUACUUCAAGCUGCACAUGGCGUAUUUCAAGGGCCACCAGUCGUUGGAGUUUGCGUUGAUCACACGCCGCUCUUGUACGCGGGCUGGAACAAGAUACUUCCGCCGCGGAAUCGACGAGGACGGCAACGUGGCCAACUUCAACGAGACCGAGCAGAUCUUCACGACCGCAGACAAGCAGAUCUUCUCCUUUUUGCAGACACGCGGCUCUGUGCCCGUGUACUGGUCCGAGAUCAACAACUUGCGCUACAAGCCCAACCUUGUCGUGUCGUCUCGCCCUGCGCAGGAGGCCACGGCGAAGCAUUUCACCGAGCAGGUUCUGUUGUACGGCGAGAACUACUUGGUCAACUUGGUCAACCAGAGCGGCUACGAAAAGCCCGUCAAGGACGCCUACCAGAAGGCCGUUGAGACGCUUCCGCUGCUGCUUGCGCUGCACGUGCACUACAUCUACUUUGAUUUCCACCACGAGUGCCGCAAGAUGCGCUGGGACCGCGUCAAGCUUCUCAUCGAGCACUUGAUCGAGCUUGGCUUCACCAGCGACAACUACUUCCACUACGACAUGGCCUCUGGAACCGUCAAACACACCCAGCAGAAGGUGGUGCGCACCAACUGUAUGGACUGCUUGGACAGAACCAACGUUGUGCAGUCCAUGUUGGGCCGGUGGGUCUUGCAGAACCAGUUGGAGCGUGCGGGCUACUUGCCCGAACACACCACGUCGCCGUGGGAGCGCCUUGACCCGCAGUUCAACUUGUUCUUCCAGAGCUUUUGGGCCGACAACGCCGAUGCCGUGUCGUGCGCCUACUCCGGCACCGGCGCCUUGAAGACCGACUACACCAGAACUGGCAAGCGCACCAAGAUCGGCGCCCUCAAGGACUUGGUCAACUCCAUCACCCGCUACUACUUGAACAACUACCGCGACGGCCAGCGGCAAGACUCGUACGACUUGUUUUUGGGCAUGUACCGCCCAUACCAGGACGCCGUCACCAACCCGUUCGUCGACCGCAGAGCGCCACACGUGCAGUUGCUUCCGUACUUGCUUGGUGCGUCUGUCUUGGUGGCGGUGGCGCUUAUCAUGUAUCCACGUGGCUCGCUCUUGUCGUUGCGCAACUUGCUCUUCCUUGGUGGCUGCUUGUACUUUAUCGGCGCCAAUGCGCUGUACAUUGCCAAGAACGGCUACCAGUUUGUCAACUGGCCGCUGUUGAUGCCAUUGGACUACUUGCGCCGCACGGAGGAGUUCAGUGCCGACGGGAAGUUGGUGGGGACUCGCUACGAGGAGCACGAGAACUUCAAGACGUCAAAGAAGCGCAACUAG